GCUGCCGGACCUGAGCCACCUGACGGAGGAGGAGCGCAGCAUCAUCCUGUCGGUGAUGGAGAGACAGAAGAAGGAGGAGGAGAAGGAGCAGAGCAUGCUCAAGAAGUUACAUCAGCAGUUUGAGAUGUACAAGGACCAGGUGAAGAAGCUGGGGGAGGAGCCUCCGGCGGCUCCGGCGGCGAGGGCGGAGCCUGCCACCUGCGGCGUCUGUCGCAAGACCAAGUUCGCAGACGGCUGCGGGCGCGCAUGCUGCUACUGCCAGAGACGCUUCUGUGCUCGCUGCGGGGGGCGUGUCCUCCUGAGGGCCCGCAAGGUGAUGUGGGUGUGUAACGUGUGCCGGAGGAAGCAGGAGAUUCUGACCCGUUCUGGCGAGUUUCACUCCAACGUGUCUCUGCUGUCUGUGAACAACGCCUCACACGGGGUUCCCAACCCACCAACGCAGGGGCUGCUGGGGGCCCCGGGGCCUCUGAGCAACGGAGCCACUGAGCGGAAGCCGAGCCCCUCUGGGUCGUAUUAUGAUGGUGGCAGUGGCAGGAUGCCUCGCUCGCCCUCUGACGGUCUUGACCGCCGUGCUCGUUCGCCAUACGGCUUCCACGGUAACGGGGAGGCGGAGCCGCGGGUCCGGAGGCGACCAAUCAGAGAUGGGCGCGGCCGCUGGCACUCACAGGACCACCCACUGGACCAGGUUCACGAUGAGCGAGAGCGGCGGCGGCGGGAGGAGGAGGAGUUUCAGGCUCGUUACCGUAGCGACCCGAACCUGGCCCGCUACCCGGUGAAGCCGCAGCCCAGCGAGGAGACCAUGAGGAUGCUGGCUCAGGUGGGCAGGGUCCGCCACCAGCGGCGCCACAGCGACGUCUCCCUGGACACCGCCGAGACAGACCACCUGUCCCCCAGACACACAGCUCUCCGGCAGAAUCGUCUCCAGGGAGGUCAGAGGUCGUUCUCAGUGGACCGGGCAGCCAAUCACGCCAGCCCAACAUCUCCCCGCCGCAGCCCGUUACCUCGGCAACACCUGGACCCGAGCUCCGCCCUCAAGCGGAAGACGGCCAAUGAGAGCUCAGCACAGACUGGGUGGCGAAUGGGAAAGAUGCACGUGAUUGGUAGCUUCAGCAGCUCGGAGGAGGAGCUACUGACCACACCCGACUACACCAGCUGUGACGAGCCUGACAGAGACAUGGACAGCCAAUGGUGGGAUCAUGGUUCCUGGCACGGCGAGCCUGCACCCAUGUCCAUGCCGGUUACAUGGCAACCGUCCAAGGACGGGGAGCGUCUGAUUGGUCGGAUUCUGCUGAAUAAGAGGAUGAAGGACGGGACGGUUCCCGCGGAUACGGGAGCGUUGCUGGGACUCAAGGUGGUGGGGGGGAAGAUGACGGAGUCCGGUCGUCUCUGUGCGUUUAUCACGAAGGUGAAGAGAGGAAGUCUGGCCGACACCGUGGGACACCUGAGGCCAGGUGAUCAGGUUCUGGAGUGGAACGGUCGGGUUCUACAGGGAGCCACGUUCAAUGAAGUUUACAACAUCAUCCUGGAGUCCAAACCAGAACCACAGGUGGAGCUGCUGGUGUCCCGGCCCCUGGGAGAUGUUUCCAGAGCGACAGACAGCUCCCACAUCCAGCUGGACUCCAGUUCCAGUUCCUUCGACUCUCAGAAGGUCGGUCCGUCCAUCUCCGUCACGUCUCCCAUGAGCCCCAGCGUUCUCUCCGGCCAGGUGUCUGUGAAGCUGUGGUACGAUAAAGUCGGUCACCAGCUGAUCGUCACGGUUCUCGGAGCCAAAGAACUUCCUGUCCGAGACGACGGGCGACCCAGGAACCCCUACGUCAAGAUCUACUUCCUGCCGGACAGAAGCGAUAAGAGUAAGCGCAGAACAAAGACGGUGAAGAAGUCGGUGGAACCGCGGUGGAACCAGACCUUCAUGUACUCUCCGGUUCCCCGGCGGGAGUUCAGGGAGCGGAUGCUGGAGCUGACGGUCUGGGACCAGGCCCGGGUCCGGGAGGAGGAGAGCCAGUUCCUGGGAGAGGUGCUGAUAGAGAUGGACUCUGCUCUGCUGGACGAUCAGCCUCACUGGUACAAACUUCAGCUUCACGACGUCUCGUCUCUUCCUCUGCCAAGCUCCUCCCCCUUCCUGCAGAGGAGGGGCCACCCGGGGGAGGAGGCCCCGCCCCCCCGCAGGCUGCACAGGUCUCAGAGGAUCAGUGACAGUGAGUUCUCAGACUGUGAAGACGGCAUCGGGGUGAUUUCAGACUACAGACAGAAUGGGCGGGACUUCCACAGCUCCACCCUCUCGGUGCCGGAGCAGGUGAUCUCGUCCAAUCACUGCUCUCGAUCCGACGUGGUCAGGAUGAGGUCACGGUCGCCGAGCCAACCGCCUCCUCACAGCGGUAACCCUCUGUACCCGUUGUACCGGGAGGACGCCGUGCGGUUGCUGCAAGGCUCCAAACUGAGCCGAGCGAACUCUGACGCCGGCCAGUACAGCAGCCUGGACAGGAGAGUGUUGAGGAGAAUGUCUGUUGCCAACUCUCUCGAUUCCUACGACAGAUAUUAUAACGGUCCGAACCAAACUAACUGGACGAACCACACGAUGAAUGGGAGCUGUGAGGACUACAGUCAGGACUUCAUUCCUGACUUCCCCUACGAACCGGACGCCUACGACGAGGAACUGCUCAGGUACAGUCGGGGGAUGGACCGGCGGGAUUACUUCAGUCGCUCUCGCUCAGCUGACCAGCGAGCGAUGGUGGACCGACCCGUCUACACGCGCUCCCACUCCACCGACCGGGCCGACUAUGCCCACCUGGGGUCCGGACGCUCCGCCCCCCCCUCACCUGCCCUGACCAGGGCGAACCCUCGAGGCGGAUCAGGCCAGACGAGUCCGUCAGGAACGCCGGUCUGCAGCCGCCGUGGACGCCAGCUGCCCAUCGUCCCGCCCAAAGGAGCUCCGGACAGAAGGGAGGCGUCACCAGCCAGCAGAGAAGGUGUGAUGAAGGAUCCGUCAAAGAUGAGGGACAGUCUGUCCUUUAAGUCUUCAGACAGUGAUGUCAGCGAUAUGUCCGUCAUGUCCAACGACGCCCGAUCAGUCAGCAGGAUCAGUCGGACGGAGGCUGUGGAUAGCCAAUCACUGGAGUUGGGGGCGGGGUCAGAGGGAACACAGGAGGAAGCAGAGGGCGGAGCCACGCUGCAGAAGAGCGAAUCAAUGGACAUGGGAGAGGCGGAGCCUGAGCCUUCAAAGGCGCCGGCGGCCGGAGCUCCUCUCCAGAAGUCGUCGAGCGUCGGCGGAGAGAUCUGCUCGCUGGGGAGGAACGACGACGACGACGACGACAAGAAGCGCCGCUCCAGCUUCGGCGCCAAGAUGAUGGGGAUGGUCGGACUGGGAAAGAAGAGUCAGAGCGCCUCCCAGCUCAACCCCGAGGAGGAAGAGAAGAAGAAGAAGGUAGUGCGACUUCCUGUCCAGAGGAGUGUAGAAACCGGUUUGGCGAUCGAGUUUAAAGCUCGUUUCACGCGCCAGCCGAGCCGCGACCCGGACGCCGAGGACCCCAAACCGGGAGCGCUCAUAUUUCCGGGGGUGAAGUUGGCGUCGGACAAACAGUUCACCGGCUUCCUGGAGGGAUUAGGCCCCGCCCAGCUGGCUGGACGGCAGACUCUGGCCACGCCCCCGAUGGGUGACAUCCAGAUCGGGAUGGUGUACAGGAAGGAGCGUCUGGACGUGGAGGUGAUCCGAGCCCGCGGGCUGGUGGGUAAACAAGGCAACAAGAACACUCCAGCUCCCUAUGUGAAGGUGUACCUGAUGGAUAACGGGAAGUGUGCGUUGAAGAGGAGAACCCGUCUGGCGAGGAAGACCCUGGACCCUCUUUACCAACAACAGCUGCAGUUUGAAGAAAACCCAGAAGGAAAAGUCCUGCAGAUCAUCGUGUGGGGCGACUACGGCCGCAUGGAUCACAAAUCCUUCAUGGGAGCUGCUCAGAUCCUAUUGGAUGAUCUCGACCUGUCCAACAUGGUGAUUGGCUGGUUUAAAUUGUUCCCCGCCACCUCAUUGGUGGACGCCGCCUUGGCCCCGCUGACCAAUAAAGAGAAGGAGGGCAAGUCGUAACGUCAGGAGGCGGGACCACCGACUGUAUCGGCGAAUUGGGGCGGAGCGGAGCCUUGUUGCCGGGCGGCGCGAGACCUUGUUGCCGGGCGGUGCGAGGCCUUGUUGCCGGGCGGGGCGAGGCCUUGUUGCUGGGCGGAGCCUCCUCUGCUGCAUGCUGCAUGAUGACAUCACAGCGAUGACGUCACAAUGAUGUCACCGGGAGGAGGAGGGAGGAAAGGAGGCUCCGCCCCCUGACGCCAUAAACAGGUCAACAGGCUCCUCCCCCCGGUGAGUGAGGGCGGGGCCACGCAGCAAAGGAUGCUGGGAAGAAGAGAAAAAAGACUGACCUCCAGCUGCCAGCCAAUCACAGCAGCUCCUCAGGAGUCACAUGA